AUGGUGGUCGCCGGCGCGGGUGUGGAACAUGAUUCCUUUGUCAAGGCUGUGGAGAAAGCGUUUUCACCCUGUGAACACAUAUUGUGCAAUGAACCCGCCGCGCGUAACGCUCCCCCGCCGGAUGCAACAGUUGCUAAGUACACCGGUGGGUACGCGAAGGUUGAACGCGAUCUCAGCCAAUACCAUGCACCCAUGCCGGAGUUUGCUCACGCAUCUGUUGGGUUCGAAUCCUGCGGCUCAAGAGAUCCUUAUUUUGUCACGAGCUGUCUGCUUCAGUCCCUUCUCGGCGGAGGUGGCUCGUUUUCAGCUGGAGGUCCGGGAAAAGGCAUGUACACGCGGCUUUAUGUGAACGUGCUCAACCAACAUCACUGGGUUAAUUCUGCACAAGCAGAAAAUCAUUCCUACACGGAUACCGGUCUAUUUAGCAUCACAGGCAGUUCAGACCCAGCUGACCUCGAUCGAUUAGUUUAUACGCUCAUCGGAGAAUUACGCCACACCGCCGAGUCCAGGUUGUCCGCCGAUGAAUUGUCAAGAGCCAAGGCCCAGCUGAAGUCAAUGCUCUUGAUGAACAUGGAGACGCGAGCAGUUCUUUUCGAAGACAUUGCUCGUCAGGUGCUCACUUCGGGAACCCGGCACCAACCGGAGUACUGGGUUGAAAAGAUAGACGCAGUUUCGGCAACCGAUGUUCAAGAGCUGCUCCAUCGAAUGCUUCAGUCCCCUCCUACGGUGGUAGGCUUCGGCCGUGUCGGUCGCUUACCUUCUCAGGCUGAUGUUAGCCGCUUCAUCUCUAGACCGAUUACCUCCCGUCUGUCUGACCGUAUACCCGGACUUUUCAAACGUUUAAUUUGAUCCAGCCGACACCGCCGUUGUAACUCUUUCGGCAAAGUGGUCGGCUUGUUCCAGGGAGCCGUUCGUUCAAUUUGGGGUGCCCAUUCAAGUUUUAACUUGUAAAUUGGAUUUUGUUGAAUAUACUACAUAACUUU